AUGGACCGUUCAGCAAAGACCAUCUUCAACUUUGUCAACCUAUCACACCCCGACGAACUCAAGGAUGAGGAAACUCAGCUUCGAAUUCGGCGGCUGGCGAUGAGCGAAGUCGGAAGAGCUCGAAGAAAGCCCAAAACCAAACGCGAAAGGAACGAGAUGGUGCUUGAGUUUCGCAAACCAGCGGCAACCUCUGCUACCAUCGACCGGUUGGGUAGAGGAGAAGUCGACCCGUUUACGCCUUAUCCCAUUGCUCUGGAUGAAACAUCACGUGCACUAGUUGCUUCCAUCUUCCGAGAUGGCAGUGCGCAUUCGCGUCAGCUCCGUGGUGCCUGGUGGCUUGUAGGGUUGAGCGACAAGGCCACCUUCUACAACGUGCUCGCAAAUGCCCGUCUGUAUCAGCUUAAAGAGUUGACUGGUACAUUCGUUCAGAAGAGUGACUUGCUUGGCCUGUCCAUGCAAAAUCAUGCACUUCGUUCAAUGACGGAUAGGAUAAAGGAUUCGGAAGGCCAUGCCAGUGAUGAGAUGAUAGGGGCUGUUAGCUCCUUCAUGUGUUAUCAUUACAUUCUGGGUGAGUUCGAAGGUUGGGAAAACCAUCGCAAUGCACUGGCGCGGAUGACUGGCUUAAGAGGUGGCUUUAACAACAUUGCUCAGGAGUCGCUUCGCAUCACAGUUUCCUGGACAGAUCUCGUUGGUUCUUUCUCCCAAGACAUCCCCUCCAUCGUCCCUCUACCGCAACUAUGGCAAAAUAACUCCCGAUCUCCUCCAGGGUCCCCACGACCGUUCAAUGAUAUCUCGCUCAAAUGGAAGCAACGCUUUCCGGCUAUGAUGGACUGGAUAACCAUCUUCGAUGAUAUUAACCAGCUCAUGUCGCUUGACCGGGGCUUCACGAAGGAAGAGAAGCAUCUUGCAGAGACAACGGGCUGCUGGAUGGAGCCUACCAUGGUCCGCCUGCUUGCUAUACGACCGCUUAUUACAGGAAGCAAAUCAGAGAAUGUCAUGGAAGAGGUUUGUCGCCUCGGCACCAUGCUUUUCUUAGCACCCAUCUGGCGCUGGCUCGGAGCAAGUCCAGUGUGGACCUUCACCGUCACCCGAAAUCUUCUUUCCGUGCUUAAUAGCCAAAUGGUCGAAUGGGGCGAACUCAAACCAUUGCUGGUCUGGUCUGUUUAUUUCGCCGCACUUGAAACGCGCGAUCCGCGAGAGAGGAGCCAGUUCGCCUUCAUCCUCGCUGUGCUGAUGAACGGAUUGCAAAUUCGAGAAUGGAGUGAGCUGACGCAGGUGGUGCAAAGCGUGCUUUGGGCGGAGCGUAUAUUUGCAAGCAGCGAUGGUAGCCUUCGCGAUGAUGUUAUGAGCAUUCUGCGCUUGCCGGGUACUGGAGAUGUUACACCCGUGCUGGAGGAAAUUGAAGAUGAAGAGGCCUAG